GAGCGCGCCGGAAGUGCCUGCCUAGGCGAGCGGCGACGAGCGGACGACUACAUUUACGGGGUCUCCCGGUGGCCCAGAGUCGGAGAUUGUUGAAAACUUUAUAUUUGAUUCCUGAAAGGACUCAAUGGCUUACAGAAGAGAUGAAAUGUGGUCUGAGGGACGAUAUGACUAUGAAAGACUUCCAAGAGAACGAGUACCUCCUCGAAGUCACCCCAGUGAUGGCUACCAUAGAGUAGUUAAUAUUGUGCCAAAGAAACCACCACUGCUAGACAGACCUGGUGAAGGAAACUACAAUAGAUAUUACAGUCAUGUUGAUUACCGAGAAUAUGACGAGGGCCGCAGUUUUUCUCAUGAUCGAAGAAGUGGUCCACCUCACAGAGGAGAUGAAUCUGGCUACAGGUGGACAAGAGAUGAUCAUUCCACAAGCCGACAGCCUGAAUACAGGGACAUGAGAGACGGCUUUAGAAGAAAAAGUUUCUACCCUUCCCAUUAUGCAAGAGACCGAUCUCCUCAUAAAAGAGACCCUCCUUUUUUCAGAGAAUCGCCUGUAGGUCGAAAGGAUUCUCCACACAGCAGGUCUGGCUCCAGCGUCAGUAGUAGAAGCUACUCUCCAGAAAGAAGCAAAACGUACUCUUUCCAUCAAUCUCAACAUAGAAAGUCCAUCCGUGCUGGUGCCUCCUACAAACGGCAGAAUGAAGGAAAUCCAGAAAGAGGUAAAGAGAGACCUGUUCAGUCUUUAAAAACAUCAAGAGACACUUCACCCUCAAGUUCUUCAGCAGUUCCUUCAUCAAAGGUGUUAGACAAACCCAGUCGGCUAACCGAAAAGGAACUUGCUGAGGCUGCAAGCAAGUGGGCUGCUGAAAAGCUGGAAAAGGCAGAUGAGAGUAACUUACCUGAAAUUUCUGAGUAUGAGGCAGGAUCCACAGCACCACUGUUUAUUGACCAGCCAGAAGAACCUGAGUCAAAUGCAACAGAUGGCAUGGAAUUAUUUGAAGACAGUCAGCUAACCAGUCGCUCUAAAGCAAUAGCAUCAAAAACCAAAGAGAUUGAACAGGUUUACCGACAAGACUGUGAAACUUUCGGGAUGGUUGUGAAAAUGCUGAUUGAAAAAGAUCCUUCAUUAGAAAAGUCUAUACAGUUUGCAUUGAGACAGAAUUUACAUGAAAUAGGUGAGAGGUGUGUUGAGGAACUCAAACAUUUCAUUGCAGAGUAUGACACCUCUAGUCAAGAUUUUGGAGAGCCUUUUUAGAAAAUUGCUCAGGCAAAAAAAUGUUUCUAGUUUUUUUUUUUUUUUGGAUUAUGUAAAUCCUUAAUAUAUAGAAUUUUUGUGAUGAAGAGAAAUACUUUAUGAUAGUCGACCACAUUUCCGAUAUCAAAUAAACAUCUAAAAUAGUUUAAGAUAUUUUAAUUAGAAUUUUUUAAAUCCACAUGUAGAGCCUCCUAAUCCAUACUUACCUUUUAUCCCCCUAAAAUGAUGGGUCAGUUAAUUUUUCAAGCUUUGAAAAAGCAGUGUUGGAGAACAGCUCAUGUUCUGUAGUCUUCGGUAUGCGAUCAUUUGUUUUGGUCACAUAGUGUAAUUUAUAGGUUAGAGAUCAUUCCACUUAAACAUGAAUAGUCUUUUUGCAUUUCAUAGUCAGUGAUACCAUGUGAAAAUGUUAGAAUUUUGAGUUGUGAUUUUAUUGACUUGUUGCUUGCUUGUUUUAGGCUUUGUAACUUUUAAUAUGUUCAAGUAUACUGCCCAAAUAAACUGAAUACUCCAGUAUUUUACAGAAUAUUUGCUUUAAGAUUAAUUCCCAUUAUGAUAAAGUAGAGCACUUAAAUCUUAAAAAGACCUCAUAGUAAAAUCCUGUUUUCCAAGUAAAUCAACUCAAUGUCUUCUAUUAAAAUAAUCCUGAAACUCCUGACCAGUCUCACAGAUGUCUGAGUCUUAAACAAUAUCAUAUGUAAAACUAAGAGAAGGGGCAAUUUGAGAUGAAAGAUGAGAGCUAUUUUCAAGUUGAGAUUUCUUUAAAAACUUCUAAUUGAGAGGCAUUCACUUUCCAAUGUCCCCUCUGUAAAGAGAGCUUUCAUACUAUUUUUACUUUCUGAUUUUAUACUCUAAUAAACUUUUGCCUGCUGCUCUAAAUAAAUAAAUACUUAUCAUUGAAAUAGAAAAAUUUCAAAUAUGAUGAAGUAGUGGAAUUUCAUUUUGUUCCCAGGCCCAUAUUUCCCAUCUCAAGAAAAGGUCAUUGAUACCAUAUCCACGAUCAAACCAUUUACAGAUUCCUUUGUUAAUCACAUUAUGCCUUUAUUUAUAUCUGUUUGUAGUUGUAACAAGAUCUUUGUUGUGUUGCCCUUUUUAGGGAUCGUUAGCCCUCAAAAGUGUUCUUUAAAGAAACAAAGCAGAGUAGGCAGUAAGCCCAGCACAACUACCCCUCACCAAACAGUCUAUGUAAACAUUUCUCCAUGAGUGAGCCAUCCAAAUCACGGGUUACUUAAAAAUCUAACUGGGACCAUUAGGAUAUUCCACUCAUUUCCUGAUCACUUCCAGCUGCCCAGUGGCAUUUAGCCAAAAUAUGUAUUUCUGUGGCAUUAGGAAACCUUAAAAAUCAUGCUUGUUAUUACUACCCAGUUUCAUUAUCCUCCCAUCCCUCUUUCCAUUUCCAUUCUCUUCUCACUUGAAUUCUGGCAUUAUCUUUAGUGGCUUAUAUUGAUAUUAUCUAAAGAGCUACCCCAGAGUAGAUAAAAAUUACAUUAAAAGUGGAAUCAGCAGUACAAAUCAUUUUGGUGGAUCCUAUAUGGGUGCCUCAAAAUAUGUAUUGUCUCAUUCCACAAAUGUAAAAACUAAUUGAACAUAAUUAUUUUUCUUAAAUUUCCUAUAUGAGACUGCAUUGAACUCUUACUUUUGCCAUUUAGAUGUACAUAAGCUAAAACUAAACCCUACAUAUCACCUCUGGUAUUCUUUCCUAAUUACGAACAGUGAUUUUGUUACCCACUUUAGAAAGAAAAGACUAAGAAAGUACUGAUCUUGGUUCUCCCCUACCCCCAUGUUUUUCUUUUCCUUAAAUAUUCUAAGUCCAGGAUUCAAUUUCUUUAGUCAAGAUGUUUCAUGUUUAAAAAUAAAAGUUAAGAAACUACCAUCAAGGCAAAUGAGUUGUUCAUUCUGUUGAAAUUCAUUAAACUAGAAAUUCAUUAAGCUAGAGGUUUUGCUUACAGAUGCAUUUAAUUGUAGGUUCAACAGAUAAUUUCUUCUUCUCUCCUUUCCCCAAAUUAUAUUCAACAUUUAAAGCUCUUUAUAGCUUGCCAUCAGCGUUAUUCUGGUAGGCUUGUCAGUGUUAAUUCUGUUUGUUUUUGACAGCUUUUUAAAGUCCAGUUUUAGGAUAGUUGAAUUCAGAUGUGUACGAGAGUGUGUAUUUUACAAAAUGUUCUUGAUUAAUUUGUUUGUAAAGUAUCCAUUGUUUUUGAGUAUGCCCAGCUGAUAUGAUAAAAUUUUCAUUGUCUUACCAUAAAGCCUUGAUGAUCAACAGGGAGAAAGCAGAGUGUGAAGCUUUUUGUGAAUUUUAAAAGUGCAAAAUAAAGCAAACAGGUUUAAAUAA